CUUUGAGGUUCAGGUGUCCAUUUCUUACCACAUCACCAUCCAAUACAUCGACCUGAUCUAUCUCGAUGAAAUUCGAAAGCCUGACCGUUGUCUUCAACUCUUCGAUGCCAUAGAACCUAGGCUGUCACUUGCAGUUCCCAUCGUUCCUCGCUUCCCAUCUCCUAGCGCAGGGCAUCUGUUGACCUACGGCAUGCGCUCUUGCCUAUAAUCCCAGAUCAAACCAUCCGCCUCAUCAGCCUGCACCAUUGUUGCCAGUCUCUCCCUCUUGGUUCCACGAUCGCUCGAGCCCCUCUCGUCUCUCAUUUACCGUCAUCAUGCGGCAAUGGGCACCUUCCCUCGGCUUGCUUGCAUAUCUUGCAGCCGUCGUCGCAGGCAAUGAAGUCAAACUGAAACAAGAUAACGCCAACCGGCAGCGGUGCUCCGGCAUGUAUAGCAGGAAGGCCUGGGGUGGUGCGGUUGACCCCUUCAUCCUCGUCAAAUUUCUCCCCGACAACACCGAAGACGACUCCGAUCCCAUCACCAGUUUGAUCGUUUUUGAAUGGCAAGAUGAGACCUUGAUUGGGCGAGUGGCCCCCGGCGGAGACCCAUAUCGAGACCUUGAGACCAUCUGCAGCACUGAAACUGUCAAUGCUGGUCUAUGUACGAAUGAAGAAAUCGGGUCAUACAUCCUUCAGCCCAAUGCCACAGAGAACUCAUUAAGUCCUAUCAUCAACGAGGCUAUCCACCUCAAAGAUCCCAAGGCCAUUAAUUAUCCGAUCCGUCGCACUGGCUACUACUGUGUCUCUUCCUACGCCUUUUCUGGCCAUGAGUAUGACGCAGUGGUCGAGUUCAGAAACGCCUACGGCGAGUUGCCAGCAGCACAGAUUGCCAAACUCCCAUUCUAUGGUGGUCUCGCCAUAGUUUACGCUGUCCUCGGCGUUUUCUGGGCUUUCCUCUACUUCCAAAAUCGGUCCGACAUCUUGCCUGUCCAAAAUUACAUUACAGCUACUGUGGUGUUCCUCAUCAUUGAACAACUCAUGACAUGGGGCUUCUAUGACUAUCAAAACCGCCAUGGCAACAACGGCCUCAACAAAGCAUUCAUGAUCCUCGUCUCCAUUCUGAAUGCUGCUCGAAAUUCUCUCUCAUUCUUCCUUCUACUGAUAGUCUGCAUGGGAUACGGCGUUGUCAAGCCAUCCCUGGGCAAGACAAUGAUCUACGUCCGUAUCCUAGCAAUUGCUCACUUCGUCUUCGGCGUCGCAUAUGCCAUCGCUUCCAUGGCUGUCACCCCAGAGUCUGUCGGUCCCUUGAUUCUAUUCGUCAUCCUGCCUCUUGCUGGCACCCUCACCGCUUUCUACGUCUGGACACUGUCCUCUCUAAACCUCACCAUCAAGGAUCUAGUCGACAGAAGGCAAAAAACAAAGGCCAUGAUGUACAAGAAGUUGUCAUGGUGUAUCUUGGGCUCCAUUCUGGUCAUAUUCGCUUUCUUCUUUGUUAAUAGUUUCGCGUUUGCCGGCAGCUCCGAAGCAAAUUUCGUUCCUGAUCAUUGGCAGACAAGAUGGUUCGUCCUGGAUGGUUGGUUAAAUUUGGUCUAUCUCUUCGACAUUGCAUUUGUGGCAUAUCUGUGGCGACCCACGGCUAACAACCGACGUUUCGCAAUGAGCGAUGAGCUUGCACAAGAUGAUGACGGAUUCGAAAUUCGAAGUAUCGCAGACUCGCUGUCCGAUGACGAGGAACAAGCGCGCAAAGAUAUCGACAGAUCCGUCCCUCCUUCUGGGGGCGCGUCAACGUCCCUUGCAGACGCAAUCAACACUGAACCAAACCGGCCACAAGCAUCCAAUAGCCUGCCACAGAAUACCAGCAAAGCACCACAGCCACCUCCACAAUCUACGCGACCCAGAGAAUCACUCGAUGGUGAAACCAUUUUCGCCGUCGGUGAUGAUGGGAUCGAGUGGAGUGAGGGUGAGGAUGAAAGCGAUGACGAGACACGAAAAUUGAACCGGAAAGAUGCAAAGUGAGCAGAUUCCGCCGAGGAUUGUUCUGGGAGAACAUGGCGUCGACCACAAGUCAUCUUGCCGCGAAGAACCAAAACCUUCGCACUGCCCUCCAAAUCGACCAUCAGCAACAAUGUGGUCAGAGAUUGUGUAUACUAUGAUAUCUUACUCAUGGCGGACGCCACCGGCAUGGGGCUUCGCUGAGUACGGCCUGCGAUUGCGUAAUGCUGAAUGAAGAGAACGCCUACACGGCGGGUAGAGACUUAUUUCAACAACUAAAUCGGCAUGGCUGAUACAGACUACUUGUGACUGUCAAGCGACUGGUCUUGAUAUGGCCUCGAUAGUAACUUCCGAGCGCUCGGCCAGUCGCCCUCGUUUCAAUAACCAUUGUCGGGCUACUUUAUUCCAUGUGGAAAUCAUUUGCCUUGUAUCCCUCUGGAGUUAGGGCUGAGCCGCCCACCACCAUACGCUUCCAUAGCCUAAUGGCAAUGCUCGCCCAAUUGUCGCCUUGUCUGGCCAGGCAUCACACACAGGGGUCCAGCAAUGCUGAC